AUGCCUGCCAGCCGAACCCAUCAGAAUGGCGCCGCCCAGUUCAAUCAGAAGCUGAAGAACCUCUUCCGCAUCAAUUUAAACAGCGGCGCCGACCGAGACCGAGACAGGGAGAAAUCCACCGCCCACGUCCACUCCUCGCAAGAUGCCACGCCCACGCGCCCCGAAGCACGGAGCAAGUUCGGCAGCAGCUUCUUCAAGGGCACCGUCGGCCGAUUGAGGACAAAUACCACCGCCAGCGAAGGUAACCCUCUCGACGAGGCUCUGAGUCCGACCGCACAUGCGAACCCUUACUUUGCCCAUCAAGGCCAGCCAGGCCUUCGCCACCAUAAUAACGAAUCCGUACCACCCAGUCCCCCAGAUACCCCAAACUUUAAGAUCCAGGGCCCUGACGGCGGCCCCGAACAGACUACGAGCGCCGGGAGAGAGGAAUUGGCCCGGAAACUUAGGAGAGUCGCCAGCGCUCCCAAUGCCCAGGGCAUGUUCUCCAAGGGCAAGGGUAGUGCCGAACGUCCGGCCACCGCCGAGUUGGCCAAAGAUCCGCUUGUGAUCAACAAAGACUCGGGCACCCUCGAGAUGGUUGACGCCGCCAGCAUCAAUGGUGCUGCGUCUGCGUCCAACCUGGGCAUCCCCGAUAAGGACACUCUUGGCAACCUGCCACCACCCAACCGCAACAGCCUCGCCUUCAGGAGGACGUAUAGCUCCAACUCCAUCAAGGUCCGCGACGUCGAAGUCGGCCCUCAGAGCUUUGACAAGAUCAAGUUGAUUGGAAAGGGAGAUGUUGGAAAAGUUUAUUUGGUCCGUGAGAAGAAGAGCAGUCGGCUCUAUGCCAUGAAAGUGCUGAGCAAGAAGGAGAUGAUCAAGCGAAACAAGAUCAAGCGCGCUCUCGCCGAACAGGAGAUUCUGGCCACAAGCAACCAUCCGUUCAUUGUCACUCUCUACCACUCCUUCCAAUCGGAGGACUACCUGUACCUGUGCAUGGAGUACUGUAGUGGUGGAGAGUUCUUCCGAGCUCUCCAGACACGCCCUGGCAAGUGCAUUCCCGAGGAAGACGCUCGAUUCUAUGCCGCCGAGGUAACUGCAGCUUUGGAAUACCUGCAUUUGAUGGGUUUCAUCUAUCGCGACUUGAAGCCGGAGAACAUCCUGCUCCACCAGUCGGGUCACAUCAUGCUUUCGGACUUUGACUUGUCUAAGCAGUCCGACCUUGGUGGAAAGCCCACCAUGAUCGUCGGCAAGAAUGGGGCCAGCACUACGUCAAUGCACGUCGAUACCCGAUCGUGUAUCGCGAACUUCCGCACCAACUCGUUUGUCGGCACGGAAGAGUACAUCGCACCGGAGGUCAUCAAGGGUAGCGGCCACACUAGUGCGGUAGAUUGGUGGACGCUGGGCAUCCUGAUUUAUGAGAUGCUUUACGGCACUACUCCUUUCAAGGGCAAAAACCGCAAUGCAACCUUUGCGAACAUCUUGAGAGAAGACAUUCCCUUCCCCGACCAUGCCGGGGCUCCGCAAUUAACCAAUCUCUGUAAAUCCCUGAUCCGCAAGCUCCUGAUCAAGGACGAGAACCGGAGGUUAGGUGCCAAGGCCGGUGCAUCGGACAUCAAGGCGCACCCUUUCUUCAGGACGACCCAAUGGGCUUUGAUCCGCCACAUGAAGCCACCAAUUGUGCCUGUUGCAGGACGUGGUGUCGACACGGUCAACUUCCGCAACGUCAAGGAGAGCGAGAGCGUGGACUUGAGCGGCUCACGGCCAAUGAACGUUAAGGGAGUACCCCUGGAUAGCGGCCUGGCGACUCCCGGUGGUGAUGUUGCGGAUCCUUUUGAGGAAUUCAACAGUGUCACUCUUCACCACGACGGCGACGACGAUCACUCAAGGUGA